AUGCGGACAUCAACACUGUUGGGAAUACUUGCGUCAUGGGCUGCCAUAGCGACACAAUCGCCUCCAGCAGAAGCAAGACUUUCAUCAUCAGCAUCCGAAUCGUUCCUCUCAACACGCUACGAUCUAGUCAACCCAUCAUCCAUACAUCCAGACUUGACGCCCCAAUACACCGCAAAACACAGCACCCAGCUCCCACAUCGCUUAAAAUCACCCCGUAUCAACCGUCGAUCCAAUAGCAACACCACAACAACAACAAUAACAAACAUCACAUCAUCCUUCCAGCUCCAAUUUACAUGUCGCAACUCGGCGUCAUGCUCAUAUGCACAAACGACAUUUAUACAUGCCACGCAACGGUUAUCGCAGAUACUGUCGUUGCCGGCUCAAGUCAUUAUAUCUGCAACGUUUGAAUCGUUUUGUAUUGCUAAUGCGGCUGAUUGUGGGUCUUCGACGCUGGGGUUGGCCGCUCCAGCUAGUUUUCAUACGUGGAGUGCUGUUGCGGGUAAUGCACUUGGUGUGGAUACGGCGUAUUCGUAUCCGAGUGCACUGGCAAAGCAGCUGGCACCGAAUGAUACGGCGUGGGGGCCUAAUGGGACAGUUGGAAGUAGUGUGGUUGAUAUAUUUGCGAGGUUUAAUGCUGACUUUCCAUGGUGGUUUACAACACAAUCCUCAUCUCCACCAGCCGCGACCAACCACGCCCCAUACGAUUUCGAACAAAUAGUCCUGCACGAGCUCUACCACGGUCUCGGCUUUAUAUCCUCCUGGUACCCAUGGACGGGCCCGGGCCUGCUCCUCCCAUCCUAUCCCGUCACAGACCCCAACACUGGCAACUAUGUGGGUCUGGGCGCGCCAUACAUCUUCAACAAGUGGAUGGUCGACGACGUUGCAUCCACUUGGUACUAUACGUAUUCCGACCAGAUACUCGCUGCCGCAUCAACAGUCAAUGCCCCUGACUAUGCAUCGUGGGUCGAUGGAUUUAAAAACACGUCUGGAUUCCAAAUUGCCGCGUCCUUGUUUAAUAAUGUUACUACUACCAAUGGCAGGACGCUGUUAAUGUAUCCAUUGUCGCAAGGAGGACCGGCGGACAGUGAUACGUCGCCAUAUUACUCUGAUUACGGAUUCGUCAUGCUGUAUACGCCGAGUAAUUUCUCUACUGGAUCAAGCAUUUCGCAUGUGGAUGCUACUUUCUAUGAUGGGAGUUCAGAGUUUUUGAUGAGGCCUUUUGCUACUUCGUAUACCGCGUUGGAUGAUUAUGUGCCGAUGGCUGAGACUGGACCGAUUGGAGAAAUCACGAUCGCUGUGCUUCGAGCAUUAGGAUAUAAAACGAUUUUGGAUGUCAUAUAA